AUGGGACAGGCAGGAAGUACCGACAUCACAGUUUAUCCCACUUUGCGAUUUGGUUUGGUUAUCAAUUGCGGUCACGAUGGCGUUCAGAACAGAGAACCGGACUCCGUUUCGGGAGGAUGCUCGACUAGCGACACUCCGCGCUACAAGAUCAUCCGCUCUUCUUCCGAGAGCUUCAAGCCCUACUACGACUCAGACGCUGGAUGCCGAUUUCUGCCACAGGCCGCAACAGCAACCGAUGGGGCACAGGUCUUGGGAGGACAUCUUGGUCCUGCGAACUGUGUGGGGCCGUCUACUUGCAAUGACUUGCCAGAGGAAGUCAUGAGCGGAAAAGCUCCCACCUUUCUUGAUGUGCAAGUUGAUGCCAGCUACGAGAAUCGUGUGAUGGUCGCCGCGACAUAUGAUGUGUGCUACUGCGACGAGAACUGUCUCAACAGUGCAUACUGGUUCAAGGCUGGUACAUUGGACGUGGAGCCUGUUGAAAGUCAUUUCACGAUCGACUACACCACUGGCUCUUAUGGCGAACUGCCAGCAAUUGUCAACACAGGCCGACUGCUGGUGAUCCUGGGAAAGGGCACGGAUGAGUCACCGGUGCAGGGCAGCUGGAGUGGAGGCACCGAUUCCAAGACACGCGAGAUGAAGUUCCUCAGAGAUGAUGACGGAAACGUGGACAAGGACUCUUGCCUCAACACAGAGCAACCUCUCGGCAUCUCUGGACACCGCUUGAUCAGCGGAAACACGGACUACACGCAACCACAGACCAUCCUUGAGGCUGAGGAUCCUGGCCGUCCUCGCGGGCAGUUGUAUGGAUUAGUGUGCAACACCGCUGUCCCUCCGGUUUGUGCUGCCAACAUCCGCAUCUCUGUGCCGGGCUGGUAUGCUGUAUGCUACUGUGACUCCAAUUGCAAUGAAGUCAGCAACUGGGCGGUCUUCGGACGUGAACUGAUUGCAGGGCCUCUGGCCCGGCAAACCUGGACAAGGUAUACAGGUGUCACCUUCAGCAUCGACGUGGAGGGCUACGAUCUGCAGGACACCAAUCGGGCGUUGAUCCUGAGUACCUCUCAGCAGCCGCAAGACUGCGGCAACGUGGCUCCAACUGGAAAUGCCUUCGGUCCCGUGGGGCAGGCGACCCUCCACACGCGUGAAACGACGAACUCCAGGAUGUCGACGAUGGCCUGGUCUGACAUGGGAACCGAGAUCUCCUUCGACAGGAGCCAUGGCCUGAAGGAUGGUGACCGAAUUCGGUUGUCAGGAGUAAAUCCGGACCCGACCGACACCAGCCUGCCUGCGCGAAACUUGGCACUGAAGCGGGCCGAGAUGUACAACACCGUGCACGAGGUGUUCGUGUCUUGUGAUGAUGAUGCUACAUCGUGCUGGAAGAUAUUGGUCCCGGUCAGAUUCGCAGCUGCUGAGUUUCCCAACAUCCCCAAUGUACCGAGUGCAGGGUGGUCUCGGACAUCCAAAGAGACCUUCAACAGGAUCAAGGUGGCGGACGGUGCUCAGUCACCCGAAGGACGAGGUUACGUGGUGUGCUGGUGCCACGACUGCGGCGCGGCGGACACGAGCUUUGGCAGCUACGUGGGCCAGGCUGGCUCGAUCACGGUGAAGAUGCCGAACGCCAUGCCAGAGGCAUACUUGGGCUUGACGACGAUCAUGCCUGACCAGUCGCCGGGUCAAACCAAUCCUGGAAGUCCGGUUGCCAUCGCGUUCGUGACGGGAGAUGUUGCACAUUAUGCAACUGCAACUGGUCAGCAGCACCUGGUCUUUGAGAUUAUGCCAGGGCUGGACGACAGUAUUGCUGGAAGUCCCGUGGUCCGAGACGUGCUGCUUCCACGAACCAAUCUUCUGGAGGCAAGUACUCUCAGUGUUGCGUUGGCUGUGUUUGACAUCUCGGCGUUGUCUUGA